AUGGGGUGCGUGAAGUCCAAAUUCCUCCGGGACAGAGACAAGGUCUCGAAAAGCGAGGCCUCUGCCAACCCACACAGCCCGUUGUAUGUGCCAGAUCCCACGUCCACAGGCAAGAGGCGGCCUGACACCAACAACGGCAACCCCCCAGGGUCCACGGAGGGUUCUAAGGACACCAUUGUGGUUGCCCUGUAUGACUACGAGGCCAUUCACCAUGAGGACCUCAGCUUCCAGAAGGGAGACCAGAUGGUGGUCCUGGAGGAGUCUGGGGAAUGGUGGAAGGCUCGGUCCCUGGCCACCCGGAAAGAGGGCUACAUCCCAAGCAACUACGUUGCCCGCAUUGACUCUCUGGAGACAGAGGAGUGGUUCUUCAAGGGCGUCAGCCGGAAGGAUGCAGAGCGCCAGCUUCUGGCCCCUGGCAACGUGCUGGGCUCCUUCAUGAUCCGUGACAGCGAGACCACCAAAGGGAGCUACUCUUUGUCGGUGCGAGACUACGACCCCCAGCAUCGGGACGCAGUGAAACAUUAUAAGAUCCGGACCCUGGACAACGGGGGCUUCUACAUCUCCCCACGGAACACCUUCAGCACGCUGCAGGAGCUGGUGGCCCACUACAAGAAGGGGAGUGACGGGCUCUGCCAGAAGCUGACGGUGCCCUGCGUGUCCGCCAAGCCCCAGAAGCCGUGGGAGAAAGAUGCCUGGGAGAUCCCGCGGGAAUCCCUCGAGCUGGAGAAAAAGCUUGGCGCCGGGCAGUUUGGGGAAGUCUGGAUGGCCACCUACAACAAGCACACCAAGGUGGCCGUGAAGACCAUGAAGCCAGGGAGCAUGUCUGUGGAGGCCUUCCUGGCCGAGGCCAACCUGAUGAAAACGCUGCAGCACGACAAGCUGGUGAAGCUGCAUGCCGUGGUCACGGAGGAGCCCAUUUACAUCAUCACGGAGUUCAUGGCCAAAGGAAGCCUGCUGGACUUCCUGAAAAGUAAUGAAGGCAGCAAGCAGCCAUUGCCAAAACUCAUUGACUUCUCGGCCCAGAUUUCCGAAGGCAUGGCCUUCAUCGAGCAGAGGAACUACAUUCACCGAGACCUCCGAGCCGCCAACAUCCUGGUCUCUGCGACCCUGGUGUGUAAGAUUGCUGACUUCGGCCUGGCCAGGGUCAUCGAGGACAACGAGUACACGGCCCGGGAAGGGGCCAAGUUCCCCAUUAAGUGGACAGCUCCGGAAGCCAUCAACUUUGGCUCCUUCACCAUCAAAUCAGACGUCUGGUCCUUCGGUAUCCUGCUGAUGGAGAUUGUCACCUACGGCCGCAUCCCAUACCCAGGGAUGACAAACCCGGAGGUGAUCCGGGCGCUGGAGCGUGGGUACCGCAUGCCCCGGCCAGAGCACUGCCCCGAGGAGCUCUACAGCAUCAUGACGCGCUGCUGGAAGAACCGCCCCGAGGAGCGGCCCACCUUCGAGUACAUCCAGAGUGUGCUGGACGACUUCUACACGGCCACUGAGAGCCAGUACCAGCAGCAGCCGUGA